AUGAGAGGAGAAAACAGUUUUGAAAUUAAGCAAGUUAUCAAAGGCUAUCAUUUGUUAAGUCAACCACCCAUGAACAAAAAUUCUCCAGCAUCAAAAAAUGAUUUUACUCUAGUCUUCUUUCCAUCAAUGUGCAGCAUCACGACCAAAACAGAAAAUCAAUUCGACGAUCUAUCUACUUAUGAAGAUGAUAAAGAGAGUGUAACUGAUACAUCAAGAGAAAAUUCCAUGCUGAUGCAGUCACAAACGUCGCAAGAUUCUUUAGAAACACUAGAUGACAAAAAUAUUCCAAGUGACUUAUUAGAAGAUGAAAAUGCUUCUCCAGAAGGAAACGUCAAAGAAGACAUGAAUGGCUACAAAGAAAAAUUAGGGGAAGAGACAAUGGGACAAAAGGAAAAAGAAAAAUCACUAGCUUCCAUCAAUUCUCGAGCUAAUAAUAAAAAUAUCUACAGUGAAGUUGAUCAAUCUAGAAAAAAUAGGCGUAAACCUUUUAACAGAAAAUUUGGUCACAAAACAAGAAAACUGCGACAAGGAUCUAUAAACCCAGUUGGUGUUACAGCUCCCAAUAUAUAUUGCAGUAUAUAUUUAAAGCAAACACAUCAGCUUCUGGUUGAAGGGCAGGAGAAAAUAAAGAAUUUAUCGACCUUUAUUUAUAGAAAGCCUUUACCACAAAAAUAUGACAAAUUUUUGUUUUCAUUGCAUGCAAACAUUUCAGCCAUUUUCUAUUUUGUCCAUUUAGGUGUGGCCAAUCCUAGCAUCAUCAAAGCUUCAGCGUUUGCAUCUAGUUCACAUCAGUACUCCAUACGGGGACCUGUGUUCCAGGCAUCUAAUGCGAGACUGAAUCACAGAGAAAAACUGAACGUGACUGCAGGAGCGUGGUGCGCGAAUAUAUAUGUUUCCGGAAUACAUUGGAUAAGUGUCGACCUCGGACAAAUCUACACUGUAAAUAAAAUUGCUGUUCAAAGUCGAGACAGUGCAAUUGCGUUCAUCCGAAAUUUUAAACUCAAGUAUAGCAUCAACCAGUACGAUUUUCAAUAUUAUAAAUUGCACGGAAAUGUUAAGAUUUUCUCUGGUAACAGAAGAGUCAACCAGGUUGUUUACCGAAAAUUCGAACACGCCAUCCAAGCACGUGUAAUACGACUUGAAGUUGUCAAAUAUUACGGCAGACCUUGUUUACGAUUCGAGUUAUACGGUUGUAUUAACACUAGUUUGACCACCACCCCUACGGAGAGCGGCCCUACAACAGUGACAGGUGGUGUUAAACGUUCUACACAAACGACUAAAGGUAUUCUUGUUUGUUAUGUUCGUCUGUUUGUUUGUUUGUCGGCUAGAAACGUCUACUGAGCCGUCGCAAAAAUAGAAAUCAAAUAUACAACGGAAAUUUCUGCCAACCAAUCUAAAUGCUCAAAAUUAUUCCGCUUAGCGGAAAAAAGGCGUUAGAUCUUGUCUACAAUUUAGGAUGAGAGGAGAAAACAGUGUAAGCAUAGCU